UAAGUGCAUCAGCUAUUAACUCUGUAUGUGUUCAAAAAUAACUGAAGUUGCUUGUAGUUAGUCAUACCUUAGAUUUUUGUAGAAAUGUAUCCAAACAAGUUCUUUGUAACCAAAAUUUGAAUAAGCUCUAGAAAAGUUAAGAACGGUUGUGAAAAAAAAAAGACAAGAAGGGGUUUGGAAUCAAAAAUCAUACUCCUUUCUUUUAAUCUCUUAUCCAAAGUUUGUCGGAAAUUAUCAUAUCAACAAAAAUAAUGUAUCUACAACACAUUGAUCCAUUCGAGCUAUUUGUACUAAAAAAAGUGGCCAAAUAGUGAUGAUCAGUAACGUCAAUUUUUCAUUCUAAAUGGUUUUCUGAAUUUGUUCUGCUAAAUCAUAUUCUACAUCUGGUUACAUCUAACCUUCUGGAGAUGGUCAUGGAAGAAUUUAAGGUUUAACUGAUCGUAACCAAUCCUACAGAGACACAUACUAAGCUACACGGCUUCACCUACAAUGGAUUGUGUUAAUCUGAAAAAAAUUUUAGUGCUUCAAGUUGGAUGGAAAAUUGGGAUGGAAAAAAAUCAUGUUGGAGCUCUUAUACCAGCGCAGAAUGCAUUCUUAAAUAAAAUUAAAAACAAUCCUGAACUACAUGACGCAAAAUGGGCGAAUCUCUUUUUAGAAGAUAGGUUAAAAGAAAACGAAAUGGUAUUACCACAGAGUUGUGGAGACAAAAUUAUUUACAGAAUGAUUGAAUAUUCUCCGUUACUAGAUUCUAGCAAUAUGACCUCCAAAGACUGGAUUAGAAUAGCGAGAGAUAUUGAGUUUUAUUAUAACAAAUAUGACGGAUUCGUUGUUCUUCACGGUACUGACACAUUGGCGUAUACUUCUUCAGCGUUGUCGUUCAUGUUAGAUGGCUUACAAAAACCAGUUAUUAUUACAGGAUCUCAAAUACCCAUUUUUGAAAGUCGAAGUGACGCAAAAGACAACUUUUUCGGAUCUCUAUUUAUCGCUGGAUCGUUUCUUAUUCCAGAAGUGUGUGUAUUCUUUGCCAACAAGCUUUUUAGAGGAAAUCGAGUAGCAAAGAUUUCAACCGAUGAUCUCGAUGCAUUUGCUUCCCCAAAUUAUCACUCAUUGGUAGACGUAGGUAUAGGAUUUCGAGUGUAUGAUCAUUAUAUAAAGAAGAUUGAUUUAUGCAAAAAAUUCAGCGUUUUUACAGGAUUAAAUCCAAACGUAGCAGUUCUCGAAUUUUUUCCAACCAUCACUGCUGAAAUGUUAUCCGCCUUUUUGCAGUUGCCAAAAGUUGAGGGCGUAGUUAUACAAAGUUUUGGAUCUGGAAAUGUACCUUCAAAAAUAGAAAUUUUAGAAGUACUUAGAAAUGCAGUAAACAAAGGUGUGAUGAUUGUGAACAUUACGAUUUGUGCUCGAGGAAAUGUAUCGUAUUCUUAUGAAACUGGUAAAGUUUUAGAAGAUAUCGGUGUAGUUUCAGGAGAAGACUUAACAAUUGAAGCAGCAUUGGCAAAAAUGUGCUAUGUCUUAGGUUUACCAGACCUCACAUUUCAAGAAAGAAUGCAGAUUAUGAGAUCAGACCUGAGGGGUGAAAUGACUAUAAAGAUGAAAACGUAAAAUCUUUAGCUCAUUCAGUGAACUGUUAGUGUAAUUAUUGUUAAAUGUCUAAUUUAUUUUAUAUUAAAAUUUAUUAUAUUUUUUUAGUUUUUAAUAAAAAUAACAUUACGAAGUA